GAUGUCGUCGCAGUACUAUCAAGAGAUGCAGGAGAGCUUCAAAAACAACAGCAAAAGUCGAGAAUUCCCGGCUCAUACCGCCAAAGUCCACUCCGUGGCGUGGAGCUGCGACGGCAGGAGACUCGCCUCUGGGUCCUUUGAUAAAACAGCCAGCGUUUUUAUCCUGGAAAAGGACCGCUUGGUAAAAGAGAACAACUACAGAGGUCAUGGUGACAGCGUAGAUCAGCUCUGCUGGCAUCCAACCAACCCAGAUCUGUUUGUCACAGCAUCUGGAGACAAGACCAUUCGCAUAUGGGAUGUCCGUACCACCAAAUGCAUUGCCACUGUCAAUACAAAAGGAGAAAACAUCAACAUCUGCUGGAGCCCUGAUGGUCAGACUAUCGCUGUCGGGAACAAAGAUGACGUGGUGACCUUCAUCGACGCCAAGACUCAUCGCUCCAAGGCAGAGGAACAGUUCAAGUUCGAGGUGAACGAGAUCUCCUGGAACAACGACAACGACAUGUUCUUCCUCACAAACGGCAACGGCUGCAUCAAUAUUCUGAGUUAUCCAGAGCUGAAGCCCAUUCAGUCCAUCAACGCUCACCCAUCCAACUGCAUCUGUAUCAAGUUCGACCCCACAGGAAAAUAUUUUGCCACAGGAAGUGCAGACGCCCUGGUCAGCCUGUGGGAUGUGGAGGAGCUGGUGUGUGUCCGCUGUUUCUCCAGGUUAGACUGGCCCGUUAGGACUCUGAGUUUCAGCAAUGAUGGCAAGAUGUUGGCGUCGGCCUCCGAGGAUCACUUCAUAGACAUCGCUGAGGUGGAAACAGGAGAGAAACUGUGGGAGGUUCAGUGUGAUUCUCCAACCUUUACUGUGGCCUGGCACCCAAAGAGGCCGCUGCUGGCCUACGCCUGUGACGACAAGGAGGGAAAGUACGACAACAACCGAGAGGCGGGCACCGUCAAACUGUUCGGCCUCCCCAACGACUCCUGAGACAGAUAAGCUGAGUCUGAUAAAACUAGUUUGUCUCUCUUAUGUCUUAGUGAUCAUAAGAAUAUGAGCAGAGUAAAGGAAGCAUCAUCAGGAAACUAAAAAUCCGUACAGCCCAGAGGACGUUUCAGCUCCUCCAGCAACAGUAACCUUUGGCCACCAGCAGGUGGGGCCGUUCUCCUAACCUUAGCAUCAGUCCCUGUUUUUCUACACAGACAAAAACAUAAUUCCCUGUGCUGUAAUAUAGUGUUGUUAUGUAAAAUAUGCAUUGUUUUUGAUAUUAAAAUUGGUCUCUUUAUAAUUGUGGUGUGUCGUGAGCCAUGAUUGCAAAAUUACUACGUGAUGUUUGUUAAAAUGUCAUGAAAUCAGUGAAAAGGUUUGAGUCUUAAAUAUGUCCCAGUGAUACACAGCAGCAAGGUUUAUGUAUGUUUGUUUCUGUUGCCUUUAAGCAGAGCUGUUCUCAUGUCAAAGGACACGGCAGAGAGUCUGAGCAGGAAACACUCAUUUAAUUCAUCUGGACCUUCAACCGUCCACGUGUGCCUGCAAAUGGGGUGUGUGCAUUAGAUUAUGACUUGUGUUUACCUGGAGCUAAACCACAGCAGCAUGACGGUGUUACAGCUCCAGAAAACCCUACCCUUCCUCCUACAACAGACCAUGACCCUGAUCUCUCCUGAACCUCAAACAAGGAGUUAUUUCAACCUGAGCCACAAUCUGUCUCUGACCUUAGCCAAUCAGUUUUUGUGCCUAUAAACAUCCAGUAAUAAUAGUUCUUCUACUACUUCUAAGAAUAAUAGUAAUGAUGAUGAUGUGUGUUUGCGUGGGGAUUAUUCCAAAGCAGAGAUGCAAAUCAGUUGAGUCAAGCACCUGGUCUUGAAUCUAGCGUCCUGGCCUGGUGCAGCUGGAUGGCCCUUGAGUGUGUCCUCCCAUCAGUCUCCCUGCUGAUCCCAGCUGUUAUUUAUUGUAGCCGGGACAUUGUGAAGGGGUCGGUCAAUAUCCACGGAUGUGAUUGCCAGCGAGCAUCAUGGGAUAAUAAAUCAAAUAUAGAUGCCUGCGGGGUGUCCUUCAUCUGCCUGUCUCAUUGUGUAAGCAGGAAGGUCUAUCUGAUUUGACUUAAUGGUCUCAUCUACAUGGAGCAGCCUCACCGUUCCAUUUA